CCGUUACCUGUGCCACAGCCGGAUUGGGUACCUGGGGGCACCCUGGCGGGAGGGGGCGGCAAGAGCGAUCUCGGUCUCCGGAGCCUCUGCACUUCCCCAGCUCACGGGCACCUUUUCCCCUUGUUUUUCACUCCCCGCACUGCUUGCUGCACUGCAUCCGAAGCUUUGGGCAGCUGGGGUGAGAGCGACAAUUCUGCUGUGCAGUGCUGUCAGUAGCGGCACAAAACCCCUGCAAUACACAGAAAACUGUGGAACUAGUGGGAUAAAGGUUAUGUAGGGCACGAUCCAAAAGCAUAUUUAACGUAGAGGCAGUGUUAAACUAGGAUAAAUGGGUGUAUAUGACUUUCCUCUGACGUAAAGUGGUUCCAUGUCUUGCUUGGACUGUUCCUGUAUUCUACGUACACCAGUUGAAACAAUCGGACCAGAAGAGCUAUCUCAGAGCAGCAUCCAUGACUGCCUGGCUGACUCUGAUCUAGCCUGGAUCCCCCCGUCUACUGCAAGGAAUGAAAUGGUAUUUUGUUCUUCCAGUGCCUCUCACUAUGAACUUCAGCUGCAAAUAGGAAGGAGGUUCAACAACUUAACUUCAGUCUACCUUGCACGGCAUACACCUACAGGCAUGCAAGUUGCUGUAAGGAUCACAGACCUAGAAAACUGCUCUGAAGAGCAUUUGAAAGCCUUGCAGAAUGAGGUGGUUUUAUCCCACUUUUUCCAGCAUCCCAACAUAAUGACACUUUGGACAGUGUUUACAGCUGGUAGUUGGCUUUGGGUCAUCUCCCCAUUCAUGGCCUAUGGUUCAGCUAGACACCUGCUGAAGACUUACUUUCCUGAAGGGAUGAGUGAAGCUUUGAUAGGGAACAUACUAUUUGGUGCUAUCAGAGGAUUAAAUUACAUGCACCAGAAUGGCUACAUUCACAGGAAUAUUAAAGCUAGCCACAUUCUGAUUUCAGGGGAUGGGCUGGUUUCUCUCUCUGGCUUAAACAACCUCUACAGUUUAGUUAACAAUGGACAAAAGUCAAAGAUGGUAUAUGAUUUCCCCCAAUUUAGUACAUCUGUCCUUCCUUGGCUGAGUCCUGAACUACUGAGACAGGAUUUGUCUGGGUAUAACAUGAAGUCUGAUAUUUACAGUGUGGGAAUUACAGCAUGUGAAUUAGCAAACGGACACGUUCCAUUUCAAAAUAUGCCUCGCACUCAGAUGCUGCUGCAGAAGCUGAAAGGUCCCACAUAUUGUCCUUGGGAUAUAAAUACCUUUCCCCGUGGGGAAUCCAGGAUGAAGAAUUCCCGAUCAGGUGUUGAUUCUGGAAUUGGUGAAAGCAUGACACGCACAAUAACCAGUGAAAGACUACAAAUUCCCUUUUCCAAAACAUUUUCACCUGCUUUCCACAACUUGGUAGAACUCUGCUUGCAACAGGACCCUGAGAAAAGGCCAUCAGCAAGCAGUUUGCUUUCACAUACAUUCUUCAAACAGAUAAAAGAGCAAACCCAGAAUUCACUACUGUCUCUACUACCACCUCCAAUUCAAAACAACAGGUCAGAGUUCUUAGCACUGCCCUCAACAGCAGUUGGGACUGAACUUGGACAUGUUACUGCAAAUCAAGAUGAUACAGACUGGGAAUUCUAAGUAAAUAUCAAACAAUCAUACCUCUCCUGUGCUUCAAAGAAGGAAAAUGUGAUUUGACUUUGCUGCUUUAAUUUGUAUGGUUAAAAUACAAUUAAAGAAGGUAUACUUGAAAUGCCAUUGAAGUGGCUUUAUUUCAAUUAACUACUUCCUCUGUUGGCAACACAAAGUGCCUCACAUUCUGACUGCAAGGAAAACUGUAUAUAGAUAAUAGCAGGAUGCCUUUCUCCCUCUUUCAAAAUAUUUCUUAACGAGAAUGUUCCUGCUAUAAUCUGUAAUCUUACUUGGUACUGUAUUUUCAGCUCAUAUUGUUGCAGUCCACAUGCCUUUCUGAUUUCAGGCUUAGGGUUUGUCUGUGACCUUACUUCAACAAUGUCAUUUCACUUUCACACAAAUUAUUGUAGUGAGGAAAAUUCCUCCAUUUUCACAUCUAAAUUUUUUGAACCACACAAAUUAGUUACUUGUGCAAAUACAUUUCUCUUUUCACACAUCUCAAAAGGCAUUCUUCUAACUCGAUGCACUAUCACACUUGCCAAAAGUUAGCUAAGCAUAAUUUUUCAUGCAAUUUUAAUACUGUGCAUUUCCCAAAGACGUUAAGCUACUUUAAAAUGUAACUCAUGCUUUUGCAUUUGUCCACAUUCUUAGUGCAAAUUUGUGCUCUUCCAUCUCCAUUUAUUGUCAUUAUAGCAAUUGCUCUGAGGACCUCCUACUAUGGAAAGUAAAUUUCAAGUUUUAACAGGUACGGGUUAAUGUUGAAUAAUCAUAUUAAUUAAUCUAAAGUUACUUUCCAGUUUUUCUGUAUACUGUAUUCCCGUUCACUACCAGAACUUACCAGCACUGAAGGUUUUCUUAAAAGAGAGGCAACAUGCUUGAAGCUUCUCUGGCACUGCUGCUCACAAACAAAACUCUCAGCAGGCCACAGUCAAAUUACCAUGGACAGAUGCAGCCAUAGCAAGAACCUAAUAAACCCCUUAUGAUCCUAGUGAACUUACCUGUCUGAAGUCAGAUGCACAACUGCCUUCCUUGUCCCUACAGUUCAGUUAUGUUCUCAUCUCACACUGCACCAGGCAACUGAAGCUGAUCAAAAAAGCAGUUUUUAGAAAAAGCUGUGUAUUCUCAUUGAUUUUUAGCAAAAGUUGUGUCCCAAAGCCACUAGGGCUUUCCUGACUGACAUUCUGACUGUAAUAAAAAUGUACAAAUAGCUAUCGAAUGACUGUAUUUUUAAUUUUCAACACAACAACAUUCUGAUUUAAGGCUUCCAUAGCUGAGCUGGCCUGCAACCUGCCUUGGGAACACUGCUGUUUUGCCAGAAGCUUCACUACAAAGCCUUGUAGACAAAAUGACCAAAAUGUAAGACUGAGACAGACAUAAAGCCUUAAAAGAGGACAUCGAAGCAUUAACAAGAAGAUGAUUCUGCUCAUUAUGCUGUGAAGAGUGCUCUGUUAUUUCAAAGCCUAAUAUAUGAAACAUAAGAUUAAAAACUUUUGAAUAAACUUACCCUAUCUGUCUCCA